AUGUGUAAAAAUCAGAUGAACGAUCCAAUUUUUAUGAUUCCGUUGGGGUUACUGAUUGAUGUGUCGGUAACAAGUGAGCUGAACCAGUGCAGCCGUGGUAGCCAUGCAUUCAUCGGCCGAAGGAACAGCUCGUUCGAAAAAAAUCGUUCAUCUACAGCACCCUUUCGGUGCCUAACUGCCAUGCAAACGGAAGGAAACACGAGGGCUUGGAUACUGCCAGGUUGCCCGGGCCUAGACAUAAGCAGUCAAAAUGCUGAGGUUUGGUUCAGCUCAUGGACCUUCCGAUAUCGUUUCCAUCUCAAAGCGGCACUUUCUUAUCCUUUGCCGAUUCCAUCGCAGCAACUAUUACCGAAUUUCUCUAAGAACCAGCACCUGGUCUCACAUGCGAUUCAUGGUACAUUCGCUGGGAAGAUAUAUUCGAGAUUGAGUUUACCGACAAAGAUGAUGCGUGGAAAUCCCAUCUAUUGGUUCGAAAAUUCGGAACCCUCGAGCACGGUCGAUUCCUGA